CUGUUUCUUUUCUGGCCCUUAUCUGGCCUAUCAUAGUAAGAGGUCAGUAUGUUUUCCACACUUGGAUAAUCUCAUUCAAGAAUUUUUGUCAAUGGACAAGUCAUAAGAAGCCCUUCCAUUUUAGGGCUCGUUGACGUCACCAAGGAGGCGAUAAAUAUCUGUUGAUAUAAUUGGAUGUGAGAUUCAGUGUUGAAAUAGCAGAACUCUGUCCCUCGCUCCUUGGCAGGGCCCUAUGAUUUAUGCAGGAGCAGAGGCAGCACGCAAUAGAGCUGUCAAGAGAGCGUCAGCUUAUUAGGCAAAUGCUGCGUGCUUUCUGAAGAGGGUCGACGUUAUAAAAUCUCACUCCAGGCUCUGGUGUGGAGAAACUCAGAGCCCAAGUACGUUGAGAGACUGAAGAGAAAGGGAAGAGGCAAAGGAAGGAGAGGAGAGAGGCGAAGAGGAAGAGAUCCUGCAAGAGACAUCCUGGGAGAGGUCCCUCUGCAGAGGCAGCAGCAGCACGCUCACUUGCCAAGGGAGGAGAAGCGAGCGCCCCUAACAUGAGGCUGCGACUGCUGGUGUCCGCGGGCAUCCUGCUGAUGGCUCUGUCGCCCAGCCCUCCGUGCAGGGCCCAGCUGAGCAGGGGACCCGUCCCAGGCGCUCCGCGGUCCCCGCAGCCCCUGAAUUUCCUGCAGCCAGAAGAGCCCCAGCAGCCUCAGCCGGUUCUGAUCCGCAUGGGAGAAGAAUACUUCCUCCGCCUGGGGAACCUCCACAGGGGCCCCGCUGCUCGGCUGUCGCCCGACCCCUCGCCCCUCUCCGCGGGUCGCGACAGCCGCCCCUCGCAGGACCAGGCAGCCGCUAACUUUUUCCGCGUGUUGCUGCAGCAGCAGCAACCGCAGCAGCAGCAGCAGCAGCAGCAGAUGCCUCAGCGCUCGCUCGACAGCCGCGCGGGGCCGGCGGAGCGCGGCGCCGAGGACACCCUCGGCGACCACCAGGGGGCGCGGGAGAGGGUGAAGCGGGCCGAGGAGCCGCCCAUCUCUCUGGAUCUCACCUUCCACCUUCUGCGCGAAGUCUUGGAAAUGGUCGAGGCAGAGCGUUUAGCGGAGCAAGCUCACACCAACAGGAAACUGAUGGAGAUUGUUGGGAAAUGAAAUGGUGUGUUUGGCCAAGGCGAUUCUGCAUUUAGCGCAACAGUGAAAACAAAAAAGUUUAAAACAGUAUUCUGUACCAUAUCGCAGCUCUGAUAUUGUUUAUUUAUUUUUAUAGAGCUUGAAGCAUAGACUAUGUACAGGGAGAGAGCCUAUAUAAUUAUUGUUUAAUUAGCAUGCACAAAGUGUAUUUCUGUGCAGUAGCAAAACAAUGUGAUUUGAAUUGCCCGUGCUUAGUUUUCCGUGUGCAAAUAAGUGUCUUUAUAGCUGUAUCUUAAAGAAAACGUGGACCCAAGGAAGAAGGUUUUUUGAGAAGCAUAUGGAAGUCACUGGUUGUUUUGGGGGGUCACAGCAGAAAAGAAUUCAUUCUCAAGGGGUGGCCAGGACGAGAUGUGCAAGCUCUCUGAAUCAACAUUUUCUUGUAAACGUUUCAAUAAUAAAACAUCUGUCCAAUCCUUGGUCAAUUUGGUUGUGUAAGAGAACGUUGAACAUUUAUAUUUUUAAUAAAAUCUGCAAAGGUUA